AGGCGCCGGCCCGGCCACGGAGAACGGUGGCAGCAGAGGCGCGACGGGGCGGCGGAUCCUCGCCGUGACCCUUGACUCCUCGGCUGGGCCCGGCGAGGCCGAGGCGCUGCGAAGCCAGGAGCGAGCAUGGCUGAGCCCUCGCCGCCCAGCACGGCCGCUGAAAGUUCCGGCGAGGACCGGGCGCGGGGCGGGGAGCCGCGGCCGGAGGAGCCCGAGGAGCCCCGCGGAGCUCCCGCCGGGGGUGCGGACCGAGAGGGCGAGGCGGGGCCCUCGGAGCCGGACUCUCCAGUGGCCGCCCCCUUCUUCCUGCUGUACCCGGGCGAUGGAGGAGCGGGCUUCUCUGCACGCCCGCCGCCGCAGCGCGCCUGGAGGACCCCGCCAUCGCCGGGCUCCCCACUGCCCUUCCUGCUGCUGAGCUACCCCAGCGGCGGCGGCGGCGGCGGCGGCAAGCACCAUCCUAAUUAUCUCAUGGCUAACGAGCGCAUGAACCUGAUGAACAUGGCCAAGCUUUCGAUCAAGGGCUUGAUUGAAUCAGCUCUGAACCUGGGACGGACUCUGGACUCUGACUAUGCACCUCUCCAGCAGUUCUUCGUGGUGAUGGAACACUGUCUGAAGCAUGGCUUGAAAGCCAAGAAAACUUUUCUUGGACAAAAUAAAUCCUUCUGGGGGCCUCUAGAACUGGUAGAAAAACUUGUUCCAGAAGCGGCAGAGAUAACAGCAAGUGUCAAAGACCUUCCAGGACUUAAGACACCAGUAGGCAGAGGAAGAGCCUGGCUACGUUUGGCAUUAAUGCAAAAGAAACUUUCUGAAUAUAUGAAAGCUUUGAUCAAUAAGAAGGAACUUCUCAGUGAGUUCUAUGAACCCAAUGCCCUCAUGAUGGAAGAAGAAGGAGCUAUAAUUGCUGGUCUGUUGGUGGGUCUCAAUGUCAUCGAUGCCAAUUUCUGUAUGAAAGGAGAAGAUCUGGACUCUCAGGUUGGAGUUAUAGAUUUUUCAAUGUAUCUCAAGGAUGGGAACAGCAGUAAAGGUAGUGAAGGGGAUGGUCAGAUUACUGCAAUUCUGGACCAGAAGAAUUAUGUUGAGGAACUCAACAGACAUCUGAAUGCUACUGUAAACAACCUUCAGGCAAAAGUAGAUGCAUUAGAGAAGUCGAACACUAAAUUGACAGAGGAGCUUGCGGUUGCAAACAACAGAAUCAUUACCUUGCAAGAAGAAAUGGAACGAGUCAAAGAAGAGAGCUCCUACAUACUGGAAUCCAAUCGGAAGGGUCCUAAGCAAGACAGAACGGCAGAAGGGCAAGCGCUAAGUGAAGCAAGGAAGCACUUAAAGGAGGAGACACAAUUGCGAUUGGAUGUUGAAAAAGAACUAGAGAUCCAGAUCAGCAUGAGACAAGAGAUGGAACUGGCCAUGAAGAUGCUGGAGAAGGAUGUCUGUGAGAAGCAGGAUGCCCUGGUGUCUCUGCGACAGCAGCUGGAUGAUCUCAGGGCUCUUAAGCAUGAGCUUGCCUUUAAGCUGCAGAGUUCAGACUUAGGAGUAAAACAGAAAACUGAAUUAAACAGUCGUUUAGAGGAGAAGACUAACCAGAUGGCUGCUACCAUUAAACAGCUGGAGCAAAGUGAAAAAGAUUUGGUGAAACAGGCAAAGACCUUAAAUAGUGCAGCAAAUAAACUGAUCCCAAAGCAUCAUUAGACGUUUUGCAGUUAGUCACCUCACAAGUCUGAUGUCACACAUUAAUUGUAAAAAGAAGAAAUCUGAAAGUUCUUGCAUUUAAGCUUUGAUUCUAUAUAAAAUGUCACCAAAAGUUGACUUUGAAUUUGUUGGACUUAAAAAAAAAAAAUCAGUUGGAAAUAUAGGUUGGAUUUUUUGGGUUUUGGGGGUUUUUUGGUUUGGUUUUGGUUUCGGUGGCUGUUAUUUUCUCCUCCAGAGUUAGAAAAUUUGGUAUGAGUUCUUAAUUAAAUACCAAAUAAACUCUGAGAAAUUAUUUCUGGUUGCACAAUAAAUAAAAACACCAUUUUUUAAAAGCCUAGGAAACUAAAAGCUCUAUACUUAUGUUAAUGAUGCCUUUACAACCCAAUCCUUGAUACUAAUCAGAUUCCAGGUGUGUUUGUGUCUGCAUCAGCAAGCUGUCCUGACACUGCAGUGUAAGGGAGUAGAGGUGACUCUUGUGAACUUGGACUCUUCUAAAGUAGUUCUGUAGGUCAUGCCCCUUUUCUCUUGCAUUAUAUAGGGUUAACCCCAGCCCAAGGAUAAGUACUUAGUAUUUCAUGGCACUUCUAUUCUCAGUGACCAAGGUCGCUUACAAUUUUUUUUCUUGCCUUCCUGAUUUUGGACUAAAAGAAAAACAGCAUCCUUGCAUUUCUUUAAAGUACAUAGAGAUAAAGUUAGUAAUUAGGUAACUCUAACAUCACAAUGUGGAAGCUUAAGAAACCCUUCUUCAUGUUUGUCAUCUUCUACCUCUGCCCUUCUCCGUAAUCCCACUUCCUAAGUAGGUAGCUCCGAGAGAAUGAUUUAAUAAAAGUGUUCCUUUCCUAUAAACACGUACUAUACAUUUUUCAAACCUACCCUGCUUUUCCUACUGAAACAAAAAAGACAAAGAAUAGAUGAAUGACGACUUCCUCCCUGCUGUUCCUAACCUGAAAAACUUGCUUAACAGCUUCUGGUACUUUUUCUUUAGAUGGGGAUUUGCUAAAGGUUCUAGGAAACUUAGUUUUUAGAGAAACAUUUCAGAAUGAUAAACUUACAUUAUUAUUUAGUACCAAAUAAAGAUCCUCAGUAGAUAUCCACAAGCAAUAUUAGCAGGGCUUCUUUUUCUAAGUGACCACAGCUCUAACCCUUUCUAGGCUUUACAUUGUAAAUAGUCCUAUAAAUACUUUGAUUUUUUUAAAAAAAAAUAUUUUUGAUUUGGGGAGAUAGGCUUUUAUAUAAAUGAGCCUUUAUUCCUUCAAAAGAUGUCGGCAAAAUGUUUGGGUUUUUGUUCCGUUUCUUUCUCCUCAUUCUGGUAUGCUGUGCAGCUUUUCAGCUGUAAGGUAGAGACGAGGAUAAUUCCUUUGCUUCCAGCUCUUAAAAUUCUUUACCUUCUUGGCAAACCAGAAUUAACAAUAUGACAGAUUCGUGUGCGUUUUCAUAGGUCCUUGCACAGGCUUGAACCAAAAUCAAGACAAGGAGACCCUAUGUUAGAGCCAUCUUCAUGGAAGAUCCUGUGGUCCUGAACUUAUUUUAGUUCUUAACAAUUUUGCACCUGUAUAAAUAAAGCUCCUACUGCAUUCUGCAUUUCAUCAACCUUUUAUGGUGAUGAGUUACCUUUUCUAUGAGCAUUUGAAAAGAAUAAUCAAAUCAAUAAAAUUUAGAUUAUACAUAGCAUGCCCCUAAAUUAUUAUAAAGCCCAAAUAUUUCACUUUUUAAACAUGAUUAUAGGUGCAAAGUUAUUGUUUAGAAGAAAGCAUCCAUUAGAAUCUUCCAGAGAAUGUGGUCAGGAAUUUUAAGAAUCCCAGUGCUGAGUUCUUUGUCUGCUUGGUCACAUACCACCUGAUAGAAAUGGAAGGGAAAGAGACAGCCAGACUUUGACAGGUUUUAUUAUGUAAUAACCUGAAGCCUAGGUAAGGGUUGAUAUAGAAUAUCCUGCGAUUUAGUGUAUAUGGUCUGGGGAAAGGAUCAGAAAAUCAUUAUAAUUCCAUGUAUAAGAAGGUAGUUGCCCACGUGCAAGUUCCAGUUAUAUGUAUAAAACAGAAAUUUAAAGUACCAAAUCUAUUAGGAAAUAAGAACAAAAGAAAAAAAUGAAUUCAACUAAAUUACUGUGUACUUGAGGUUGGCUCAGUAUGGAUUUUCUAAAAAGUGAUGUCUUACUGUUUAUCAUCUAAUGGCUGUAAACUGUAGUACUAGAAUAAAAAAAAAAAAAAUGGAAAA